UCUUCUCUAGAAUCCUAUUGGCUAGAAACAUCUACAUUGAAAUGAGUUUCAGUGGUAAAGUAGUUCUUAUAACCGGUGCAAGUUCUGGCAUUGGUGCGGAUGCAGCUCGCCAUUUGGCAAGCAAAGGUGCAAGUGUAUCAAUCGUUGGCAGAAAUGAGAAGCGAUUAAAUGAAGUCGCUAAAGAAAUUAUCAAAGCUGGUCAUCCGACGCCGCUUGCGAUCGUAGCCGAUGUGACCAAAGAUCCUGAACGCAUUAUUAAGGAAACAAUCAAGCAUUUCGGUAAAUUGGACGUUUUGGUGAAUAAUGCCGGAAUUUUUGGUGAUGAUUCUGUUGUCAAUUUCGAUGUAAAUGAAUUUGAUCGUAUCAUAAAUACCAAUUUAAAAAGUGUGGUCGUUCUAACAUCGUUAGCCGUGCCCCAUUUGGAAAGAAGCCGAGGCAAUAUUAUAAAUGUCUCUAGUAUUUGUGGCUUGAGAGCUUUUGAUUCUUACAUGUCAUAUUGCAUAUCAAAGGCUGGACUCGAUCAAUUCACCAAAUGUGCGGCAUUGACAUUGGCGUCGAAAAAAAUCAGAGUGAAUAGUUUGAAUCCGGCAGUAAUCAAAACUCCAAUUUUUGAAGCGAUCGGAAUCAAUGAGUCGAACGAAGCUCAAUUUUAUGAAGAACGUAAAAAUGACUACUUGGUUGGAAGAGUCGGUGAGGUCUCUGAUACUUCGUCUGCCAUCGCUUACUUGGCUUCUGAAUCGUUUGUAAAUGGCAUCCUACUUCCUGUCGAUGGCGGAAUAAUGGCAAGUGGACUUGGAAGCGGAGCAAAUGGUUGUAAUAUAUCAUUGUCACACUAAAAAUCCUUUGUUCCGACAUAAUCUCCAUAGUACAGAUGUAUUUUGUGCGCGCAUUACAAACUAUUGUAUUAGAAUCACUCAAUAUGGAAGGCCACAAUAAAAAUAAAUAAAAUAAUGACAA